GGUUUUUUUCUUCAUUCGCCCUUGGUUAUCUUUCUGUCGAAGUUACGAAAUUUUGCGCAGUGUUGAAGGAAAUUCAAGGCGUCCAGGAUCAUGUAUGGGAUACGCAUUAGUUUUGGGCUUAUCUUGGUUGUCUUUCUUCAUACAUGUAUAGUCGAAGGAAGAUGGACUCAACUAAACCGAAUCCCAGUAUGUUUCGAAGGAAGAGGUAACCGGCCUGGACAGUUAAUGUACACAGGACCUGGCAUGGUAUUGGGUGCCCUGAAACUGAAGUGGAAGUCUGGCACCAUUCGAUGUGUUUCUGACCAGGCUUACGACAGUCGCUGGGGAUGUCAUCACUACAGUUCGUUCCGCAGUUAUCCCUUCAAUGUCAUCGUUACCGACGGAAAAGACAAGAUCCUCUAUCCACUGAACCAGUACAUCAAGCACACGAGUGGCUUGUGGUAUUACCUUCCCGCACAGGACUCCAAGCACUCAGACGCCAUCGUAUUCAGCGACUUUGACACUCCCCUUUACCUUCACCAUAUGAUGCAGCUGAAGAUCUGGUACGGUGAAGACCUGAAGAACUGGUCCGAAACAGACAACCAGGGUCAAGUCUGUGUAGACCUGUUCGGCUUUGUCAUCGAGCACAGCGGUAGUCGCAAUUCUUCUGGUGGUGCUGGCGGGUCAGGAGGGAGUUCGGUAGCCGUUAAUUCUAAGGCAGUAAACCUAUUAACCAGCCUCAAAGAAACUUUAGGUAAAGUUAUUUCUGGGACAUAUUGAACGAAGGAUCGCACCGGCACAGGUAUAUACAUUAUGGCAAUGUGUGGUAAAUUAAUCCUUCAAUAAAGUUCUUAAGACUGAAGAUAA